AUGAUCGGACAACUUCGAGAUAUAAAAUAUUCCAUAACACACAUUGAUCGGAAAUGUGAUGCCAAUAUAAUUAUAAAAAAGUGUAUUGUUCAACAUUGUACAUUGAUGAAAUGUCGUGAUAGUUUUCAAAAGAUCUAUGGACCAGUUAUUUUGUUAAUGAUGGUAACUAAUGCUGUCGUGUUAUGCUCUUUGAUUUACCAAAUUACUCAGCUUACAUCUUUAACCAUACUGAAAGCAAUAUUACUUGCUACGUAUAUAACGAUAAAAGUUUGCCAAACUUAUAUGUACUCAUGGUGUGGAACACAUAUCACGAUGGAGAGUGAAGAAUAUAGGAAUGCAAUUUAUGCCAGUAAUUGGUACGGAAAUAAACGUUUUAUGAUUGCUGUUCUAACCAUGCUCCAACAAAGGCCAAUUAUUCUGACAGUUUCUCAUUUUUCAACUAUUUCGAUUGAUAUCUUUAUAAAAAUUCUCAAUACGUCUAUAUCAUUUUUAAAAUAA